GAAGGCUGACCACCCACUUCCGCCCCCCGCCGGAAGUGCACUGACGCAAGGCUUAGGGGGUUCCGUUGGGGCUGCGGGGUUCCCGCGGCUCACCAUGGCGGCCUCCUUGGCGGGCAAGAGUGUCGUGUUUGUCACGGGGAAUGCCAAGAAGCUGGAGGAGGUCAUUCAGAUUCUAGGAGAUAAGUUUCCAUGCACUUUGGUGGCACAGAAAAUUGACCUGCCGGAGUACCAGGGGGAGCCUGAUGAGAUUUCCAUACAGAAGUGCAAGGAGGCAGCGCGCCAGGUGCAGGGACCUGUACUGGUGGAGGACACCUGUCUGUGCUUCAACGCCCUUGGAGGCCUCCCUGGCCCCUACAUAAAGUGGUUUCUGGAGAAGUUAAAGCCUGAAGGUCUCUACCAGCUCCUGGCUGGGUUUGAGGACAAGUCAGCCUAUGCCCUGUGCACGUUUGCUCUCAGCACUGGGGACCCCAGCCAACCUGUCCGCCUGUUCAGGGGCCGGACUUCGGGCCAGAUCGUGGCACCCCGAGGCUGCCGGGACUUUGGCUGGGACCCCUGCUUCCAGCCUGAUGGAUACGAGCAGACGUAUGCAGAGAUGCCCAAGGCUGAGAAGAACACCAUCUCCCAUCGUUUCCGGGCCUUGCACGAGCUGCAGAAAUACUUCAGCAGCCUCACUCCUGCUGGGGCAGGUGAUGACCACUGUGGCCCAGGAUCCUGAACCCCCUGGCCCCCAGCAGACAGACGUGCUUCGGGGCUGCCGCUUCCUGGGGGUGAGGCCAGCCCUUUCUGGAGGAGCAGCUGGCUCU